UGUGACAUUUUGAUCCUGCAAACUUUCUUCGAACGGUUAAAACGUCUUUUUGCGGCAGUCUGUAAUAAUUAUAUAUGUUUUGGUAACAUAUGUAUUUACGUGAUUAGGGGUGUAAACGCAUUACCCAGCCAUCCUGUGCACCACGCUGUUCAGUGCGCGCGCACGAGUGUGUGCGUGUGCGUGUAUUACGUCGCCCGUACAGAACAGAUCUGGAGGCUGUUGUUAGUCGACCAGCGCGUGGAUUUUAUAGAUCUCUGAAUUAAGCUGAAAAUACAAGCAACUGCAGCGUCGUUUACUCAAAACAAGAGUAUUUAUCUCGCUUUUUUAAUGUUCAUCCGAGCCAUGCCUGAAUUAGUGGACAGAUAUUUAGCAGUGACUCCGCAAAAGUUUUGACUUUUAAUAAAUCUCUUAAAUUACUGGAGCUCUCGCGAACGGAUCCCUGAAGACUCGACCAAGCCAUUAGGAAUUAAGGAAUCUCAUGUAAACUUUGUAAAUGAAGAUUAAAAACAUCUGCACGCGCUUCUUCUCUCUGCCGGGCAUCGCACAUGGGGUGACACAGAGGAGCUUCCUGGGCCGCUGAGACGUGACUUCGGGCUGGGCGUCUCAUUUCCUGUGCCUGGCCCAGACAAGCUCAAAAAAGCUGCCCUCUGAAUGACUACUGGCCGUCUGUUUGUGGGGUUUUGCCAAGCUGUCACCAUGAGCAAAUACUCCCAGUACUUCAACAAGACCCUCAUCCAGGUCCACUAUCUCACUGCUAAGGAGAUGACCGCGGAGGAACUAAAAGACCGCCUUGAGAGUAAACAAAGCUUGAGCUCCCUGAACAUUUUAUUUGUCAUAAUCUGCAGCAUCAUCAUCUUGGAAAACCUCCUCGUGCUCAUUGCUGUGUUUAGGAAUAAGAAGUUCCACUCAGCCAUGUUCUUCUUCAUUGGGAACCUGGCCUUCUCUGACCUACUAGCUGGCUCUGCAUACAUUGCCAACAUCUUCCUGUCUGGCCCUAGGACAUUUCAUUUGACUCCUGUCCAGUGGUUCAUACGAGAAGGGACUGCUUUCAUUGCACUGUCCGCCUCAGUUUUCAGCCUGCUGGCUAUUGCUAUCGAGCGCUACAUUGCCAUCACCAAGGUCAAGGUUUACGGAUCCAACAAAACGUGCCGCAUGUUUCUUCUGAUUGGAGCAUGCUGGGUGAUGUCCAUUCUUCUGGGAGGUCUUCCUAUUAUUGGUUGGAACUGUAUUAAUAACCUGGAUGAUUGCUCAGCUGUUUUGCCCCUCAACACCCGAUACUACAUCCGGUUUGUUGUCACCAUCUUUAGCAUCAUCUUGCUGUCCAUUGUGAUCCUUUACGUUCGUAUCUAUCUCAUUGUGCGCACCAGCCACCAAGAGGCCACCAAUUCUCCAGCGUACGCUCUCCUGAAAACGGUCACAAUUGUCCUUGGCGUCUUCAUCAUCUGUUGGCUGCCUGCCUUCACCAUCCUUCUCCUGGACACUUCCUGCAAGAUGAAGCAAUGCCCCAUCCUCAGUAACGCUGCCAUCUUCUUCAGCUUUGCCACACUGAAUUCGGCACUGAACCCGUUGAUCUACACCUUGCGGAGUAAGGACAUGAGGAAGGAGUUCUUGAGGGUCCUGUGUUGCUGGGGGCUGCUCAAUUGCGGCAGACCUCCUCACCGCUGCAUGGUACCACUCAAAAGCUCGAGUUCAAUGGAGCACUGCACCAACAAACAUGAACAUCAGUCCAUUCCCAUCAUGCAGGACUGCACUACCUGUGUUUGAUUUCGUCUACACAGUGCCCAAGUGUUUGCAGAUCCCCACCUUCUUGGAGGCAAGGCACAUACGACAGAAGUGUUCAGAGACCUUGUGGGUCAAACAAGAAUCACAACUAAUGACUCUUACAUUUAGAGCAGAUAUGCCAGCUGUGUUACCAGACUCCCAUAUGUCCUUAGUCGCUUCUGUCAUUGCAAAGUUUCUUGACCAUCACAGCAGACUUGUCCUGCAAAUUAAUCCAUCAACAAAUCCUACGAAACGAAAGAAAGCCUAACGGAAAUGGGAAUAUGCAUUUUAGCUCUUUGACCAAACAUGAUCAAUCAAAGUUGAAGAUAUUGCACUUUGUAGACUUUGUAGGCAGUUUGGCAUUCUGUACUUCUCAUGUGCUGAACAACCUACUAGAAGUCACAUACAAGAUGUAUCCUAUCCACUGUCAUGGUUCAGAAAUAUGAAUGGACAGACUGAAAUGUAAAGAUCGACAAUGCACUCCAAGUGAGCCAAACCACCAUGUAUGCUUGCAGAACCUCUCCUAAUGUAUUUAUCGAAUUACUUGAUAUACGCAACACCCUUUGAUUACCAACAGUAAAAGUAUUCCACGACAUUGUAUUGCAUGAAAUUCUAACCUGUGUAAAGACUAAUAUGUAUGCCAAGCCUAUCUACAGUUGUCAAUGUUACUCCUCUAUGUCCAUUUUGUCCACUCACAGUACCUUACUAUUCUUUCUUUUAACAUUCCUAAUUUUUCCUAAGAGGAAAACCCAGUCAGUACGUCAUUACUGAAAUCCUACAUUGAAAUUCUCCCAGCAGCUGAUGUAAAUGCUGGACCUGUUGGCAUGACAAUGUUGUAGCAUUGCUGCGGCAGCGUGUGCUUUUUUUUGUCCCCUCAUGAUGAAUUAAACUGAAUAUACGAAUGAAGUGUUACGAGCGAACGUUUCCGCUGAUCGACAGUAUUACUGAACAUCAUUGUUCUCCUGUUGAUUAUUGGGCUUGCAGCAACAAGAAGAGUCAACUUAAUGGCAUUUAAAGUUAAAAGUAAUUGAUAUGCCAUUGAUGAGAUGUGAAACUCUGAGAUUAGGACAAACUGAGCAUAGCUUUUUCUCUCAAAUUCAUUCUGAAAUCGGAGGGAAGUGAGGUGUUGUGCUCUUUUAAAUGGUUCACAAGUCUUCCGAAGAAGCUAUAAACUUCCUGCAACCACAGGAAGUCUGGUGUUUCCUAUGCUUUUUCUAGUUGUAUUGAACUGACCUUAAUCUUCUCAUACGUUAAUAUCAUCAGCCCAACACUUUCACUCACAAUGAUACCAGUUCACAAUUUGAUCCCAACAUGUUUUAGUUUCCUCUGUUGAUCAGUUCAGUUUAGCAGAGAAAGCACUUUGGCAGCUCUUCCAAUACCGGCCUAUUGUUUUUUCUUCUUCUUUAUUUUUAUGCAUGAAGAGUUUAAGACUGUGUGAGCAUCCCUAUCACUCCGUUCAACGUAAAACAUAGCCAAUCCUGUGGAACAAUGUUUUUUAUUAUUAUAAAUGUAUGUAUGUAUGUAUCUAUGUACAGUAUGUAUGUAAUGUGUAUACAUAUAGAAUGUCUUGUGUGCAAUAGCCUUGUGUUUAGUAGCAAGCUACCUGUGCUAAAUCGGUACAAUCCCAAACACUAAUGUAGGUACAUACACAUUAGUUAAUUUCUUUUUUUUUUUGUAAUAAAAAUAAAUUAAAUGCAUCAAA